UUCCGCCGUCACACUGAUCCCUACGCGACGCUGACGGUUUUCCAAAAGUUGUAAAGAAAAACCUACAAAAUAGUGCAAAAUAGUUACCACAUUAAGUGCAAAUAAAAGCAAAACAGGUCGCGCAUUGCACAUAAUAAUCUUUGAAUUGAAUAAGGAAAACCAAUGCGACACCACCAAACACCAAAGUAGAAAGUACGUGAAAAAACCAAAAGUGUGACUGUGUGCGUGCGAACGAGUUUUUUCAUUCGCCUGAAGUGGAGCGGACUUUUAUUUGUGGAUGGCUCUCCACAAUACAACAACAACAAUAACAAAUGCAGAAAAUGUUGAGCGAACAAAAACAACAAAAAGAACAACACCAAACGAUAGAACAAUAGCGAAAGAAUGUAAAAGAAUCAUUAGCAGGACACAAAAAUUGCAUUGGAAAUUGAAAUUCGUGCGACAAAAGCUGAAGACUGCAGAAAUUUUCAAAACUUGGCAGCCAUAUUUACUACAAAAACAAAUCUGUUGUAAAAGUACGUGACAAAAAAUAUUCAGGCACACAAACACACGCCACACAUAAGCAGCGCACUCAUAUACACACCACACACACUAACAUUUGCACACGUACAGCGUGUUUGAGAGAGAGACUGAGAGAAGAGGAGAAACGCAAAUGUGAAUUAACAAACAAACAAACAAAUAAGAAAUAUUUUGCGCAAAAGACAGACCCCCAAAUAUUCAACAAAAGUGAAUUACAUAAACAAAACGCAGCGCAUCAGUUUGAUAUCGAAAUAUUAUGGAAAUCGCACCAUUGAUUAGCAACGCUGCCGCUGCCGCUGCCGCCGUCGCUGCCGUCUCAGCCUCUACCUCGUCCACAUACGCUUACCAGAGCGAGAGCCAAGCCAGCAGAAGCAGUAGCAGCAAAGAAAACGAUAACGUCAACAAUCCCGCGUUGCUCGCCUCCCUUACACUUCAGAAAGUGCUGAAUAUCAACAACAAUAAUAAUAAUAACAGCAACAACAACAAUAGCAGCAGCAGCAGCAAUAGUGGGGCAGGCAUAAGGCUAAAUGAACAACAAAGACGAAACCUCGCUAUUCAAGCUGAGAAUGAUGUAUUAAAUCAAUUGCUUAAAAAUGGUGCUGUGUUCACCAAAACACAGCCCUCAGCCCCCAUAACCAUUGAGAAGAAAAGGCAGAACCAACAGCAGCAGCAUCAGCAGCAGUCGCAGUAUGCGCACCUGCAGCAUCAGCAACAACAACAGCAGCUGCACCAGCAACAACAGCAGCAGCAGCAGCAACAGCAACAAAGCAGCGCGCAGAAGCAACGCCUAAAUUCAUCCAUAUCAUCCACACAUUCAUCGACAUCAACGAACUCCUCGUAUGGCAGCUCCUCGUCCGAAGAUGUACUUGUGGCCGGGACGAGCACAAGUAGCAGCAGCAGCAGGAGGACCCAGGGAACAGGAACAGGAAGCGGAAGCACAGCAUCCGCAAAGGCGUCCAGCAUUAAAUUGCCAGAGAAAUCGAAAAUUCCGUCCGAUAUACUUGAUGAUCUGGCCAGUAAAUUUAUAAUCAAUGUACCGGACAUGGAGCUAAACAAUCUAAUAAGAAUUUGCUUUCAAAUCGAGUUGGCCCAUUGGUUCUAUCUGGAUUUCUUUUGUGCACCCGAACUCAAUGAAGAAGGUGUGCCAAUUCGGAAGCGCAAGCUGCCAGCGGUGGGCAUCAAACAAUUUGCCAUGCAAUUGUUUCAACACAUUCCCUUCCUGAACAAACAUUUCGGCACUGUGGAACAGAUACUGCAAGAUUGGAAGAACUACAAGAUGUCGGUGCCCACAUAUGGUGCCAUUUUGGUGGCUGAGGAUCACAAUCAUUGCUUGCUAGUGCAAUCCUAUUUCGCACGCAACUCUUGGGGCUUUCCCAAGGGGAAAAUCAAUGAGAACGAGGAUCCGGCACAUUGUGCAACAAGAGAGGUUUAUGAGGAAACUGGUUUCGACAUCACCGACAUUAUCGAUGCCAAUGAUUAUAUUGAGGCUUUUAUCAACUAUCAAUACACGCGGCUGUAUGUCGUGCGGAAUGUCCCCAUGGAGACGCAGUUCGCUCCGCGCACACGCAACGAGAUCAAAUGCUGUGACUGGUUCCGUAUUAAUGAAUUGCCGAUCAACAAGAAUGAUGCCAUAUCGAAAGCCAAACUGGGCAAGAAUGCCAAUUCCUUCUUUAUGAUUAUACCCUUUGUUAAGCGCUUGAAGAAGUGGGUGAGCGAGCGUCAGGCUGGCAUCGGACCCCGUCGUCGCAAAUGCUCUGGCCAGCAGAGUCCCAAAGCGUUCUCGCCAACUAAUGUGAAUGGGAAUGGCGGAAGCAGCAGCAGCAGCUGCAAGAAGGAUGCGGCUGCCUCGCAGCGUCAGCGACACAAGUCCAUGGGGGACUUGGAUGGUGUCAAGUUGAAUAAUCUCAAUGGAAAACCGGUAGCUGGUUCUGGGCCAGUGGCUUGUGCAUCGGCCACCAACACCACCACCACAGGCACCCUGAACAUAAUCAAUAGCACCAAACGCAAUAAACAAAAUGCGGCUGCAGGCAGCAAUCAAACAACGCCACUAUCAACGGCAACACACACUACGGCAGCCGCAACUCCGGGAGGAGGAGGCAAUGGAGCAGCGGCUAUAUCAUCAAAGCGUCAAUUGUUCCAUAGCCAAAGUCAAAAUGAUGCACAGCAGCAACAGGCCUUUAAUGGCAGUGAGAAGGUGAUCAGCUCCUUUGAUUUGAUACGCAAGGAGAAGCAGCAGCAACUAAGGGCAGCCAAGUUGCAGAAGCAACACCAGACACAACAGCAACAACAACUGCUGCAAGGCUUGCGCCCUAAAAUAUUGCAAAGCGAGAAGCAAGGAAAUCAUCAUCAGCAGCAGCAGCAGCAACAACAACAACCACAGCUGCUGGUCAAAAAUAACUUGGGACAUCAACAGCAACAGCCCACUACCGGCAUGGAUUUAAUAGCCAUGCUAUCGGCUGCAGCGGCAGCUCAGCAAAAGACACCAAAAGCGGAACAGCCACGUCCACGGCCAGCAUCCGUUUCGCUAAACUAUGAGGGAUCCCCAACAACAGGAUCCCGAUCACAACAGCAGCAGCAGCAGCACCACCACCAGCUGCAGCGCAUGCCGUCGGGCACUAAUUUGAGGGUACUACCGCGAGCCCAAUCUCAGCAGCCAUCGCAGCAGCUGCAACUUCAACAGCAGCAGAGUCAGGUAGGCGUGGGCACGCCUGCUCUAGGGCCGAUGGAGUUUACGCCCAACUUUAAUUCGUGGACGAAUUUCACAUUCUCCAAAAAUUGGAUAGCAAAUGUGUUUUGCUAGACAUUUUCACACAAUUUUCUUCUAUUCCUUCUAUCAAAAUUCUCAUUGAAUUUGCAUUUUCAAGCAAAAGGCCAGAUUAAAGGGAAUAUUUUUGGAUGCUUUGUGAGAGAACAGAGAGAGAGACACCGACAGACCCUUGGGAGACCCUGCCAGUAAGAGGGAAAGAAGCAUGCCAAUUGCAUUUAACAAGUACACUUGUACAGUUGUUAUAACAAACAAACAAGCAAAAAACUAAACCUUAAAACGACGUACCAACCAACCACUCUUGUAGACAACUAAUCAUGUCUAGUCCUAGGCUUUGGAGACUAUGUAUUAGUGUUAACUUCAACAACUUUUAUGAUCUCUCACAGGAGAAAUCAAACUUUUCCACUUAAAUAUAUAUAAAUUCUAUAUAAAUUAUAUAGGGAACAGCAGGCAUAAAAAAUGAAAUGAUUUUCAUACCAAAAAAAAAAGAACUCGAGUCUUCCGCUCACACACACAUAUGUAACGCAGGGCGCUAUUUUUCUAUGGACAAGGACACAAAAGAGACCGACAUUGAGAUUGAAGUACAAUACAAUUACUAAUUAUGAAUACUAUUGUUAAGAGUCCUUAGAAAACAGCCAAACGUUUAUUGUGUGCGUGAACCAAGCCCCUACUUCGUGCCGUGUGCGCCGUUUAAACGUAUUUUUAGACAAAAACCAACAAAAACUAAACUUAACUAAAGCGUAGCUUUAAUACGCCCAAUAACACACAUCCACACACACCCCCAAUUGCUGUGCAAGUAUUCGGAAUUGAAGUCCUUUAACGACUCAUCUGAUUACGGGUUGGAUACAAUGUCGUGGGGCAAGUGAAAAGGGAAAUAAUUGGAAUUUCUGGGCCGCUAUACUUACUGCCCGCCCCUCCCCACCUAAGAGAAAGAUGUGUAGAAAAGAAUACAAAUAAUAACAAUGUAAAUAUUUAAAUUGUGAUAUCGUAUUUCUUAGCACAAUUGUGAUCUUAACUAAACAAAACAAACGGCUAGCUACUACGUGCAACAACAAACUUUUAUAAGCAAACGUGAGGACAUUUUUAAACAAACAAUCAAAAUUGCUCCCCCCUGAAAUCGGAGACAGACACAGACAGGCGCUUGAGUGACCCACAAAUGAGUGGCAAUUAUGAGGCAUAUCUUCAGGCAAGGCGUAAGGAGAGCACCAAUAAAAUUGAAAAGAAACCCUGAUGAUGAAUAUGAAUGACAAACAUUUAACGAAUUUAAAUUAGUUUAAAUUUGAAUGAUUACAAAUGGUAUAGUAGGCAGCACGGUUAAAGAAGUAAUUGAUGAUUUGUAAAGCUGUGCAUUUGACAUAACGACAAAUGCCAAGGAUCAGAAGAGGAUGUAGCUAUAUUUUUGUGAGCCAAUAGUGCGUAAGUGAUAGAAGAGGAGAAACAUCAGAUGCGAAACCCUUCGAGAAAUGUGUUAAGCCUUUUGAUAAUAACGUAUCCCGUAGACUUCGUUCAAGGUUUCUAUCAAAUCCAAGUUUCCUAUAAUUUGUAAGCAUGUCUGCAGCAUGUUCAACGGGGUUCGUUCUCUCUCUCCACCAAACAUAGUCUCCAAUGUGUGUGUAAAACUGUUGCCUAUUAGUGUAUAUCUUUAGACUAAGCCACUAAGCAGGGUCUCCGUCUCCACGCGGUCGUAACUCGAAGGAACACGAAAAGCUAGCAAAAUAUUCCCUUAAGAUGGCCUUUUGCUUAUAAUUCGCUUGAUAAUUCUGCAAACUUCGACCAAAAAACCUUUUGCAUUUGUUUAUAAAUUUCUUAAAUUUUGACUUUUAAAGCUUUUUGAAAAGCCAUAUUAAUUUGUAUUUUUUUAUGCCUAUAUUUUGAAUUUCAAUUUUUUUUAAAUUUAUUUGUGAACAACCAACCCAUACCAAAUCCAUGGCAAUAUGUAACCAUCAUGAAUGGGAGUCUGGAUAAACAAAUGUUCAUUAAACCGAUUGGUAUUGGACGACACCAUCAAGUCGAAACAAAAUCUACGACUCUACUCACUCUGAGCUGAAAUUGUUAUGCAUUUCAGACCAUGUUAUCGGGCAAAGCUAACAAAACAAAAUUAAAUCAACUAUCAACACGUCCAAAAACGAGAACUUAAGGUGCGUCCUAGACUCCAGCUCCAAAUAGAUUCUUGGCAGUCCUCGGUAAAGGAAUUAACCGUGAAGGAUAACCAUCCCAUGAGUUGAAUACAAAUCUAUUCUGGUGCUAGAACUUCCUUAUACGAUCAUACAAUAUCAAAACACACACAAUUUGUAGAAUUUCAACC